GCAGAGGUUCCGGCGGCGCCCGCCAUAGGCUUUCAUUGUCGCUGCCGACGCCGCCAUUCGCGCCGCGGGGCUGCCCCGAGGGGAGCGGGGGACAGAACCAGCUCUGACAAGAGGAAGAAACAUCCAUCAAAAACAUCCAUUUCCCAGCUAUCCCAAAAACAAUGCAAAACCCAAAUUAUCCCAACACUCAUUCCCCCUCAAUCUCCCCAUGAUUCCCCACACUUUUAAAUCCUCAAAUCCCAUUUUUAGCAGGGCUUUUUCUUGGGGUUAUUUCUCCAAAUUCCUUGGCUCGGCCAGGAAUUUUUUGCAGCCUGCAUGGACAGAGCAACCUUUGCCUGUUCCACCGCUUUUUUCCGGGAUUUUGGGAAUUCUUCUCCGGGUGCUCUCCCCGGGGGCCACGUGGAUUUUAUUGACAAAGUUGAUUCCUUCACUUAUUCCGAUUUUUUCCGGGAUUAUCUCAUUCCCAACCACCCCUGCAUUUUCUCAGCCAAGUUCACUGAGGAUUGGGGCAGCAGGAAAAAUUGGGUGACGUGGGAUGGGAAACCCAACUUUGAGCAUCUCCUGCAGAAGUUUGGAGAAGCCGUGGUGCCCGUUGCCAACUGCGACGUCAAGGAGUACAACUCCAACCCCAAGGAGCAGCUGCCCUUCAAGGAAUACGUGCAGUAUUGGCAGGAAUACAUCAGGAAUGGCCACCGCUCCCCAAGGGGCUGCCUCUACCUCAAGGACUGGCACCUGAGCAGAGCUUUUCCAGAGCAGGAUGUUUACACCACUCCCGUGUAUUUUUCCUCGGAUUGGCUCAAUGAAUAUUGGGAUGCCGUGGCUGUGGAUGAUUUUAGGUUCGUCUACAUGGGACCCAAGGGAUCCUGGACGCCGUUCCACGCCGACGUCUUCCGCUCCUACAGCUGGUCGGCCAACGUGUGUGGCAGGAAGAAAUGGCUGCUGUAUCCCGCGGGACAGGAGGAAUUCCUGAAGGAUCGCCACGGCAACCUCCCCUUCGACGUGACGGCUCCGGAUCUUCGGGACAAGAGGAUUUAUCCGCGCUACAGCCAGAGCCAGCCCCCUCUGGAGAUUCUCCAGGAGGCCGGGGAGAUCGUCUUCAUCCCCAGCGGGUGGCACCACCAGGUUCACAACCUGGAGGACACCAUCUCCAUCAACCACAACUGGGUGAACGGCUGCAACGUGGCCGUCAUGUGGAGCUUCCUGCAGGAUGAGCUGGCGGCCGUCCAGAGGGAGAUCAGCCAAUGGAAGGAUCCCAUGGACGACUGGCACCUCCAGUGCCAGCUGAUCAUGAAAUCCUGCACGGGCAUCGACUACAAGGAGUUCUACAACUUCCUCAGAGUCAUCGCGGAGAACCGGAUCUCGGUGCUGGAGAAGGGCCUGGACGAGGAAUCCUCAUCCCAGAACAAUUCCAAGGCUGCCAUUUCCACCCUGGGGAUGCUGCACGCCGUGUUCGACCUCAAGCGGACGGCGAAGGUGCUGAGCUCGUUAAGCGCUAACGAGGAUUUCCGCAAGCUGGACCUGACCUCGCUGAGCCCUUCUCCAGAGGCUCUGCUCCAGCACCUGGAGUCGGCCAUAGACACGGCCCUGCUCUGAAUUCCUGCUGCUCCAAGAGCUUUUCCAAAGGGUUUGGAGGAGGAAAUGGACUUGGACAAGAGUUUGUUCCAGUGGGAGGAGGAAGAAUGGUAGGAAGGAGAACGUUCCCAAGGUUCUGAGUGGUUUGCAGGAAUUAAGGAAAAAACCAUCCCAGCCAAAGGAAAAUCCAAAAUUUUUUAGGAUUCUGAGCAUCACUCAGGGCAAAAAUUCCCUGUGGAUCAAGUCUGGAAGUGGAAUGAAGCAAAUUCCCUGUGCUGAAGCUCAGCUUUGUUAAAACCUCUCCUCUUCCAGGUACAGCUCAGCUUUUCCAUCCUUUUUUAUGGAAUUCCAGCUGGUGAAUUCCAUGGAAGCUGAGCAGGAGCCAGCACCUGGAAUCAGCCGUAGACAUGGCCCUGCUCUGAAUUCCUGCUGUUCCAAGAGCUUUUCCAAAGGGUUGGAGAAGGAAAUGCACUUGGACAAGAGCUUUACCCAGCAGGAGGAGGGAGGAUGGAAGGAGGGAGAACAUUCCCAAAG